UAAGGCAGACACACUGUCCCAGAUGUAUGACACAGAGGAGCGGUCCAUGGAUCCCACUCAUACUUCCGGCUUCUUUCCUGGUGGCACCGGUGGUAUGGGAGAUGGACGGGGACAUUGAGUGGGUUGUGGGCUGUGUACAGAGCCCACUCCCACUCCGUGUCCAGUUGGGCACCUGUACGUUCCGUCUGAUCUGUUUGGCCCACAAGUCAUCCUGGCAUCGGUCGGACAGUGCACUGUCUUAGUGGGAAGUUCUGGUGGCCCACUUUAGCUAAGGACGUAAGGGUUUAUGUUUCCUCCUGCUUGGUGUGUGCCCAGUGCAAGGCACCUAGACACCUGCCCAGAGGGAAAUUGCAACCCCUACCCGUUCCACAACGGCCGCGAUCACACUUAUUGGUGGAUUUUGUGACAGAUCUUUCUCCGUCACAGGGAAACACAAAGAUCCUGGUCCUUGUGGAUCGGUUUUCUAAGUCCUGCCGUCUCGUUCCUUUGCCCCGUCUCCCUAUGGCUCUACAGACUGCGGAGGCCCUGUUCACCCACGUCUUCCGGCACUACAGGGUGCCUGAGGAUAUAGUUUCUGAUCGUGGUCCCCAGUUCACGUCUGGAGGGUGUUUAUGGAAUGACUGGGGGUCUCGGUCAGCCUCACCUCAGGUUUUCACCCCGAGAGUAACUGGCAGGUGGAGAGAUUUAACCAGGAUGUGGGUAGGUUUCUGUGGUCCUAUUGCCAUGACCGGCCGGGGGAGUGGGCGGUUUUCAGCCCCUGGGCAGAGAUGGCCCAAAACUCCCUCUGCCACUAACCUAUCUCCUUUUCAAUGUGUACUAGGUUAUCAGCCGGUCCUGGCACUGUGGCAUCAAAGCCAGAUCGAGGCACCUGCGGUGGAUGAAUGGUUUCGGCACUUGGAGGAGACAUGGGACGCUGCCCAUGUGCACCUGCAACCGGCCAUCAGGCGGCAGAAGGCGAGCGCCAACUGCCACCGCAGUGAGACCCCGGUGUAUGCACGGGUCUGGAUCUCAACCCGAAACCUACCCCUUCGCCUGCCCUGCUGGAAGCUGGGUCUGUGGCCGGUGGUGGCUGGUCCGCUCCAGCAGUAUGAGGUGCCCUCUGGACAUUGAGGGGCCCCAGCGUAUACUGUGCGAGUCAUCAUGGACUCAAGGCGUCGGGCGAGGGGUCUUCAGUACCUCGUGGAGUGGGAGGGGUACGGUCCGGAGGAGAGAUGCUGGGUGCCGGUGAAGGACAUUCUGGACUCUUCCUUACUGCAGGAAUUUCACUGUCUCCACCCGGAUCGUCCUGCACCUCGUUCUACGGGUCGUCCCAGAGG